CUACUAUAUUCCAAUUCCAUCUUUCAAAAGCUUUAGGCACUUUGCUUUUCACUCUCCUCUAGAAACUAGAAAAAAAGUGGUGUUUUUCUUUCUCUGAACAACACUCAUAUCACUUUUCCUUUUUUCCAUUUUUUCAUCUUAAAUCAAUGGACACAACUCAGUGGGCACAGGGGAAUAUUGGGCUGGUUAAACAAAUGGAAGGGUCAAAAGCUCCUAUGAUAGAGAGAAGAGCAAGGCCACAAAAAGAUCAAGCUUUGAACUGUCCACGGUGCAAUUCAACCAACACUAAAUUCUGUUACUACAAUAACUACAGUCUCUCUCAACCAAGGUACUUCUGCAAAACCUGUAGAAGGUAUUGGACUGAAGGUGGUUCUUUGAGAAAUGUGCCUGUAGGUGGUGGCUCAAGAAAAAACAAAAGAUCGUCACCAUCACCUUCACCUUCGAUCUCGCAACAACAACCUCCAUCAUCAUCCAUAACAAAAAAUAUUAUCGUUCCGGAUCUUACUCAAUCCGCUUCUCAAAACCCUAAGAUCCAUCAAGGACAAGAUCUUAACCUAGCUUAUCCACCACCACAAACUGAAGAUAAUUACAACACCAUAUCUAAAUUCAUUGAACUUCCUUACACGACUGAUCAAGAAAAAACUCGUAAUUCGUCGUCGUCGCCGCUUUCUGCUAUGGAGUUGCUCAAAACUGGGAUUGCUGCUUCUUCAUCGAGGGGUUUGAAUUCCUUUAUGCCUAUGUCAUUAUCUGAAUCUAGUGCAAUGUAUAAUUCAACUGGUUUCGCUUUGCAAGAUUUUAAGCCUGGUCUUAAUUUUAGUCUAGAGGGAUUCGAGAAUGGUUAUGGUGGUUUACAAGGGAUGAAUCAAGAGAGUUCUGGUGGUGGUGGCGGUGGUGCAAGGAUGUUGUUUCCUGUGGUGGAAGAGUUGAACAAUAAUAAUAAUAAUAAGCAACAACAGCAACAAGUUCCAAAUAGUGGUGAGUUUGAACAACAUCAACAUCAACAUCAGCAGAAUAAUAGAAGCCAAGGAGAUUCAACUGGUUAUUGGAAUGGUAUGUUAGGUGGUGGAUCAUGGUAAAAAAGUUAUGGUGUUGUUAAUUUAGUUUAGUUUCUUUAAUGUAUUUUUUUUUUCUUUUUCUUUUGGAUGUUUGAACUUUGGAGUGAUGAUGAUCAGAAGCACUAACAAAAUUAGAGUACUACACUACAUAGGUUUAUUAUUAUUUAUUAUGGAUGUUGCUAUGUUUUUUAU